CGAUUUACAGGCAUUAAAUUAAUAAAUGAAAGCUCGCAAAAGAACCGCAAAAUUUGUAGAAUUACAAAACAAGAACUAUCCAAAUAAACCUAUACGCCGUCUUAAACAUUUUUCGACAACUAGGUGGACUUCUCAUGAUAGAGCAUUAACUGUAAUAUUUGAAAAAUAUAAAGCAUUAGUACAAACAUUACAAUUUUUGCAAACUUCUGAUGAUUCUGACCGUGACUCAUUGUCAAAAGCAAAAGGUUUAGAAACAGCUAUAAACUCUUAUAUGUUUGUUAUUACAAUGAUUUUUAUACAAAAUAUAUUUUCAAUUACUUCUCCAUUGUCUAAAUAUCUUCAGUCUAAGAACUUAGAUUUUAUACAAGCAUUAGCACUAGUCGAUGAUUCCAGAAAAAGGUUGCAAAGUCUUAGAACAGAUGAAGAAUAUUUGAAAUUAGUUGACGAAACCAAAUUGUUUGUGAAUAAAAAUAAUGUACGUGAGACAGAGUUUAAAGUUCUCCGACCCAGACGGCGGAAAGUUAUGCCAGGAGAACUUAUUGUGGAUGAAGUAUGUUUAUCACCUACUGACCGUUAUAAAACUGAAGUAUACUUUAUUGUCCUUGAUGCUAUUAUAAUGUCCAUUUCUAUGAGAUUCGACCAGUCAAGAGAAAUAUUAAAAGACUUAUGUCUAUUAUCUCCUCAACGAAUAUUGAAGUAUAGUAAUGGUAUAAACAAGACAUUACCAAAGGAUGCAUUUAAUGAAAUUGAGGAUUGGUUACCUGGAAUUACUAUAAACGAUUUAAAAAAUAAAUAUUUAACUUUGAGUUCAUCAUUAAAGGGUUUACUUGAUAGCUGUCCAACGCUGCCAAAGCAAUUGCAUAAGAAUAUUUCUAAGGAACAAAAUGAAUGCUCUGAAAGUUCGACCGAUAGUGACGGUGAAGAAAAUACAUCAAUUACAUCACAACAAAUUAUUAAAGUUUUAUCUAACUACAAUUUGAGUCAAACUUUCCCCAAUUUAUACUUGGCUUACAAAGGUUUACUGACAAUACCUGCCUCAUCUGCAUCUGCAGAGAGAGCAUUUUCAAAGGUUAAAUUAAUCAAGACUAGACUACGUUCAACCAUUGGACAAGAUCGAUUGGAAAGUUUGAUGAUUCUUAGCUGCGAAAGAGAUAUAAGUAUCAAUUAUGAAGAAGCAAUUAAUGUGUAUGCUAUGUCGUCAGAUUUAUUAAGAGAUAAGCUGAUAUUUAAAUAAAUGUGAUUAUGCCACUU